AUUUUACUUCCUACUCGGAACUUACCACUGAGCAGAAAACAGAACGAUUUGAAAACAUAUACUUUUUUUUUUCUGCAAACCAUACUUCUUUCCUUAUAAUUAUUAACUUAACUAUUUUGUUUUCAUUGCAGGUUUCUUAAUUGAAAGCCAGUUGUUUAGGAGUUUUGUUGAAUCCUCAACCAAAACAUCGCAAUUUUAUGCGUGAAGGAAUCUGGGUUAAUUAUAAAAUAUUUUCGUAAUGAAGAAUCUGAUUUCCAUUUGUUCUAUUUUGGCUUACUUUGUUCAUUACUGCUAUGCGGCUACCGCUACAAGUAAGUCUGAAGCACUUCCUCCUGGAGCGACUGCCACAAAGGUAUACACGAUCACUAGUGGUACACAUGUUGUAGGAACAGAAACAACUAUGUAUCAGCCUUACAGGACUUAUAAGGGGCUACCUACAGACGCCUAUUACAAUUGCCAUCCUCAAAAAUAUUUUCAAAGUAAUAUGCCUAUUUGCUUUCCUACUCCUGACUCUCGUUGGGUUAAAGGAAAGCCCUAUAGGGUGAGUUGGGAUCCUUAUUAUUUUGGGGUGGAUGAAUUGCGGCUUGUUUUGUCGUAUCAGAAUCAUUCUGGCUUAAUUGCUAUUGACAAGAAAAUAAAAAAUAAAGAUGGAGAGAUUAGUAUAAAAGCAAGCGAUAAAUGGCUGCAUGAUGACUUUGUUCAGAACAUGACUGUUAACCUUAUAACAAACAACGAGGGAAAUGCUACAUUCGUGUCAGGUCCUAAUAUCACUCUGGUAAAAUCCUUAGACCCUCAUGAGCUGUACAUGGAAGACCAAGAAUUUUAUGCACCUAAGCGUAAUUUGAAGGCAGCUAUAGCUGUUCCUAGUAUCUUCUUGGGCAUCAUACUCAUGUUACUUUUGUAUCACACAUAUCGAAGGGAUACUUGGAGAAUCUUUGUCGCUAAAAUGCGUAUACGAAGCUCAAACGCUGGUUAUGGAAUUCGGAGAAGCAAACGACAGCGUAUGCGUGGACGACCAACUGUCGGCCUUGCUUCUAGAAGUGAACUUGUAUACGACGAUUCCGAAGACGAAGAGUAUUUUAACCCCCAACUUAAAAAAAUGUAUUAAAUUGGAAAAAAAGUGUGCUUCAUCAUAAAAUCGGAUCAAUUCGUCUUCAUCUUUUCAACAUAUGACAUACGAGGAUCAUAGCAUGCCAUGCCAUAUGUUAUUUUCUCGGGUUUCUUUUCUAAUUCUGUUGUAUACGAAUCUUAGUAUUGAGUUAUAUACUCUUUAGACUUUCAUUAAUUUUUUUUACCAGUGUCUGUCGCAAAAGGAAAGCGUCAGAGGCAAACUCCGCACGGCCGCCGUUGACUUUUCUGAAUUGCAUUUUUGUAUUAUUGUCACAAAAAAAAGGAAAAGCAUAGAGCAGUAAACCUUCAUAUAAAUGAAAAACACACCUACUCCCAAUUCUCAAAAAUAACACAUAACGGAACAAAUUUAACUAACUUUUAAUUUCCUGG